GUCUCACUACGUUUCCCAGCCUGGCCUCUGAUCCUCCUGUCUCAGCCUCCUGAGGAGCUGGGAUUACAGGAGUGUACCACUGCACCCAGUCAGGGCCCCUGCCUUUUGAGCAUCCUACAGGGAAACCUACUCUGAUCUUGCCAGUGCCUGAGCUGCUGGACCUGGCUCCUGCCUAUACCUGCACAGCCUGCUGCCUCCAGGGCACACCCUGUGUCUACAGCAUUCAAAGCUUAUUUAGUCCGUCCAUUUUUUGGGGCAUAGGACUUGUCCAGCUCAUCACUCAUAGGUGGGGCAUAGGCCCAGGUUGGGGAGAGCAGGUGAAGAUGAUUGGUUGGGUGGGUAGAGAGGGCCUAGCAGGAAACUGCCAUCAUGGGGUGGGUUGCUGCUGGGUCAGAUGACUUCUGAGCAAACCCAAGAAGAGGUGGCAGGGCCUGAGGCCUGAGACACUGGCCUGGGGCAGUGCUGAGGGAGGUGGAAGACUAGCAAGUCAGCUCCAGACAAGUGAGCUCUAAAACUGCCCUCCUGGUGCUAUGGAAAACCAGCUCAGAGCUGGGAGAAGCAGGGAGGCCCCACCGCGGUCUGAGCAGGAGGAAUGAACUGAUCCAGUUGUGCUGGCCUCAUGCCGAGGGACCCAGGAAGUAGACGCUGGUAUACCCCAGCGACUUCCAGCUCACAGACAAGGAGAAAAGCAGCAUCUGCUACCUGUCAUUUCCUGACUCCCACUCAGGCUGCCUUGGGGAUACUCAGUUCAGCUUCCGGAUGCGCCAGUGUGGAGGGCAGAGGAGCCCCUGGCAUGCAGAUGACAGGCCCUACAAUGGAGGGGCCCCCGUGGCACUGCAGAGGGAGCCAGCACACUACCUUGGCUACGUGUACUUCAGGCAGGUGAAGGACAGCUCUGUGAGGAGGGGCUACUUCCAGAAGUCUUUGGUACUGGUGUCCCGCCUGCCUUUUGUCCGGCUGUUCCAGUCCCUGCUGAGCCUGAUUGCCCCUGAGUACUUUGACAAACUGGCUCCCUGCCUGGAAGCAGUUUGUAAUGAGAUUGACCAAUGGCCAGCCCCCGUGCCUGGGCAGACCCUGAACCUACCUGUCAUGGGAGUCGUCAUCCAGGUGCGCAUCCCAUCCCGGGUGGACAAACUGGAAUCCAAGCCUCCAAAGCCAUGUGACCAAGAGAACCUGCUGCCGGCCCCAGUGGUCCUUUCCAGUGUCCAUGAGUUAGACCUGUUCAGGUGCUUCCAGCCUGUGCUGACCCACGUGCAGACGCUGUGGGAGCUUAUGCUUCUUGGGGAACCCUUGGUGGUCCUGGCACCUUCACCUGACGUGUCCUCAGAGAUGGUACUGGCCCUGACCAGCUGCCUGCAGCCCCUCAAGUUCUGCUGCGACUUCCGCCCCUACUUCACCAUCCACGACAGCGAGUUCAAGGAGCUCACCACACGCACCCAAGCCCCACCAAACGUGGUCCUGGGAGUCACAAACCCUUUCUUUAUCAAAACACUCCAGCACUGGCCCCAUGUUCUCCGAAUCGGGGAGCCCAAGAUGUCAGGGGACCUUCCUAAGCAGGUCAAGCUGAAAAAGCCCUCAAGACUGAAGACUCUCGACACCAAGCCAGGCCUCUACACCUCGUACACAGCCCACCUGCACCGGGACAAGUCACUGCUCAAACGGCUGCUCAAGGGUGUACAGAAGAAGCGGCCGUGGGACGUGCAGAGCGCCCUGCUGAGGCAGCACCUCCUGGAGCUCACACAGAGCUUCAUCAUCCCCCUGGAACACUACAUGGCCAGCCUCAUGCCACUGCAGAAGAGCAUCACACCCUGGAAGACCCCUCCCCAGAUCCGCCCCUUCCGUCAGGAGGACUUCCUGCGCAGCCUGGAGCAUGCAGGACCCCAGCUCACCUGCAUCCUCAAGGGCGACUGGCUGGGCCUCUACAGGCGGUUUUUCAAGUCACCCCAUUUUGACGGCUGGUACCGGCAGCGGCACAAAGAGAUGGCCCAGAGAUUGGAAGCGUUGCACCUGGAGGCGAUUUGUGAGGCGAACAUCGAGACCUGGAUGCAGGACAAGUCGGAGGUGGAAGUGGUGGACCUGGUCCUGAAACUUCGGGAGAAGCUGGUGCGGGCACAGAGCCACCAGCUACCUGUGAAGGAGGCGACAUUACAGCGGGCCCAGCUCUACAUUGAGACGGUCAUCGGCUCCCUGCCCAAGGACCUGCAGGCUGUCCUGUGCCCUCCCUAGGACAGGACCUGGCUGCCAAGCCCCCUCCACCCUCGGUGGCCCUCAGCCAAGCCUGAGCUCCCAGCCUGGCCCCUUCCCAGGCUGCGGCCCCUACUCACACCACCUUUUUCCCGGCAGUAAACGCGACAUUUGGAGCCACAGCCUGGUCCCUGACUUGGGGGAUUGUGUGCUGGCAAAGGCUUGCCCCCUCCUGGGCCCCACCUGCCCUCCACGGGCCGCGGCCAGAGGGAAGGGAGAGGGGGAUUGAGAUGUGGGCGCACCCACUGCCCACCUCUCCUGGUGCCCAUCUGCCCACACCAUGUUCGAGGUGCCCUUUAACCUCAGCAGGCUGCCAUGCCUAGGACGGUGGUGGGCCUCUCCCCUCACCACCUGUCCACCCCUGCCCUGUCUGGGGACAAGAAGGGCACCUUGCCCACAGUCAGCCACUUGAGGGCAGAGGUUGUUUUGUCAUUUGAGGACCUGUCCCCUGCCUGCCUGGGGCUGUGGUUUACUGGGGUGUGGGAAUCAAGGGAAGUGGGGGCCCGGCUCACGGGACCCCAGCACAGCUCCGGCUUCCUCUCCUGAAGCACCCCACUGGGGGCUGGACGCAGCUCAGUAAUAGGCCAGCUGCCUAGCACGCGCGAGGCCUGGGUUCCUGCCAACCUCAAAGACAAGGAACAGAACACCCCAGGGGUCCGACUCCGUGCUCCACCCAGGCACCUAACAGCAGCGUGCCCAGCUGGCCCUUGUGUCCACCCCUGCCACAGAGUCUGAGGGCUUUGGGCUCCAGCCUGCCCUUGCCGGGUACAGCUGACCUCCUUGGCAGAGGUGAGGUUACCUCCACGGUGCCUUUCUGAGGCCCCACCCCUGCGUCUUGGUACUCCCUUCACGCACCACCGCCAGACCUGGUCGGGUGAGGAGCAGCGUCUCACUGCCCAGCACAGGGUGGCAGCACCAUCAGGGACCCAGGGAGGAAAUGCACUGAGGUGUGAACCCAGAGCUUCAGCCAAGUCUCAGUUGGGCAUCACUUACUAGGAGCCUGUGGUGGGUCUCCUGACCACUCAGAACUUCAGUGUCCUUAUCAGAGAAACUAGAUUAUGUAGAUGCCUCACAGGGCAGCUGCUGGGAGGCCCUGUCCACAGGCUCUGCCCUGUGAGGCCCCAAAGGGGCACUGGUAGAAUAAGCAGGUGUAGGACUGGGGGAAGGGAUUUUGCUUCUUUUCUGAAGCCCCAGGCAGCUCAACUGUAAUGAAUCCUGGGUUCUUUGGUACCUUCUGGAUCAGGUCCUCCUUUGAGGCCAGGGUAGAUUGCGCACCACCUGACCUUCCCUGCUGGGCUUAGCUCAGUCCCCACAUGACAGGGUGUUGGUCCAGUUUUCAUGAGUGCCAGCAGUGUUUGCAUUAACAUCCACCCCUGAACACAGCCACUGUGGCCAUUUUAUAGAUAAGAAAACUGAGGCACAGGAGGGACGAUGAUCGAUGAUGGUGGGUAAGUGAGCUAGGUCACUCCAGGGUAGGGUCAGAGGAUAUGAAUGUAGGUGGGCAGAAUUGGAGACCCCAGAGUGACACCAGCCCCCAGUGCAGCUCCAGGCAGUAUACCCCUAACUAUGUGGCAUGGGGAUGCCAGCCUCCCUACUGAAGGCCUGGUCUCUAAGGGGUUUUCAGAGAUGCUGGUGCCUUCCUAUGUGACCAGCUGCAAUGCUGACCUCCACAAGAUAGGACUGAGCAGACAGUAGAGGUUUUGCUAUCAGGGCCUGCUUCAAAGCCAGGUGCAGUGGGCACAUGCCUUUCAUCCCAGCUGCUCAGGAGGCUGAGGCAGGAGGAUCACAAGUUGGAGGCCAACCCUAGCAACCUAGACCCUGUCUCAAAAUAAACUUUUUUAAAAAAGAACUCAGAAUGUAACUCGGUGCUAGAGUGUUUUCCUAGCAUGUGUGAUACCCUGUAUCUCACACACAUGCACACAAUGAAAACCUGGCUUCAGUGUGCCCAGUUCAAGAUGGCCCAAUGCUGGGUCUGAGCAGCUGGGUCCUGCCAGCUCCAUACUGUUUUGCUGCCUCCUGCUCUCCCAGGGUGGCUGAGCUGUCUGAAUGGCUCAGCCUUUGUCCCAGGCAGUGUCCUGGACCUGCCCUGCCUCCAUACCAGGCCAAAGGCAUACCCUGGAGGUGGAGGAAGGCCUCUGGAGGGGUAGGAGCUCCAGUCCAAAAAGUUGGAGAGGGCUCUGUGCAGGCCUGUGGGGAGGGAUUGGGGAAGUCAUGCUGCAGGGCUGCUCCAGGGACAGACAGGAAGGAUGGCUCUUUACCCUCCAGCUUCCUGUAUUCUAUUUCAAGAUGCCCUCAGUCUGGAUAGUGGCCUUUCCACGUCUUUGGUAUUAAAAUGACCUUU